AUGUUUCCGUGGCGUCAAGAAUUAAGUCGAGAGCGACGUCUAUUCGUUCUUCAGCGCAUACGUCUAAUUCUAAUUUCUGGUCGAUGUUCAUGGGCCCAAGCUAUACCAAGCAUUGAUCUUCAUGCUUCACUUGUGGCUGCUGAACGACGAGCAUAUGAUCAUGCUCGAACAUUUGAUUCUUACGUAUGUCUAAUUUUUACGUUUGCUAGCGAUGAAGCAAGACGUCGUCUUCAGCAUCAACAACGGCAACAGCAGAUGCAAGAACGUGAAGUACGUGAAGUACGAAGUACAACGUCAUCUGUUAGCUCUAUCUCAGGUGCUACGUCAAAUCUUCUUAUUAGUUCUAUCUCAGGUACAACGUCAUCUGUUAGCUCUAUCUCAGGUGCUACGUCAAAUCUUCUUAUUAGUUCUAUCUCAGGUACAACGUCAAAUCUUUCUGUUAGCUCUAUCUCAGGUGCUACGUCAAAUCUUCUUAUUAGUUCUAUCUCAGGUACAACGUCAAAUCUUUCUGUUAGCUCUAUCUCAGGUGCUACGUCAAAUCUUCUUAUUAGUUCUAUCUCAGGUACAACGUCAAAUCUUUCUGUUAGCUCUAUCUCAGGUGCUACGUCAAAUCUUCUUAUUAGUUCUACCUCAGGUACAACGUCAAAUCUUUCUGUUAGCUCUAUCUCAGGUGCUACGUCAAAUCUUCCUAUUAGCUCUACCUCAGGUACAACGUCAAAUCUUCCUACUAGCUCUAUCUCAGGUGCUACGUCAAAUCUUCCUAUGAACUCUACCUCAGGUACUACUCACAUAUUAUUAGUUUACUACUCGCAUAUUAUUAGUUCUACUUCUCGCAAUACGUCAAAUCUUGUUAUUAUUUACUCUACCUCGGGUACUACGUUAGAUCUUAUUAUUAGCUCUACAGCAGACAAUCUUAGCACUGUUCAUUUCAAUGUGUCAAAUAUUAUUAUAGUUGUUUAG